GCUACUUCCGGUACCAAGAACAUGUUGACGGAAAGCGAGAAAGGACACUUCGCGUGUACGAUGCACACACGUGAACCACACGAAAGCCAAUAUUGCUGUUGAAACGUGUUUUAUUUAUUCAAAAAUGAGCGUGACAAGAGAUGAACGCGAUAGAGAGGCGGAUGGCGAUCGUCUUUUCCUCGAUCGAGUUCUGAACAAGUUGUAUGAUUUUGGGGAUGGAAAAAACAAAGGAUUGAAAAAGACUCAGAAGAGAAAGAAGUCUACAGGAGACACAGACUCCGAGCAGAUCAUGACGAGCUCCGCAGUCUGUGAAAACAUCCCGUCUGGAGCUGAACUAUCCAGUGUGGAGCUGGUUACAUUUACUGAUCCUCUGAAGAAGAACAAAAUACCCAAGACUGUUGAACCAGGGCAGAAGGUUCCUGAUGUUAAAGGAAAGAAGAAAACAGGCUCAGACGAGAAACUAACAAUAGAAAAGGCUCGGUUUGAGGUUCACAAGUUUGGGCUGUCGGGCUAUCAGAAGCAGCAGCAGAGGGUCUUUGAGCAGGACAGGGCCAUCAUGCUGGGAGCCAGACCCCCGAAAAAGCAGUAUGUUAACUACAAAAUGUAUCAACAAAUGAUAAAAGACCAGAAGAUAAAAGCAAAAGAGGAAGCUAAAGCUGAAACACAGAAGAAAAGAAGGAAAGAAGGGAAAUCAAGGCCUGAGAAAAGUAAAUCAUCCUCGAGUGGAGAGCUUGGUGGACAUGUCGGUCGCUUCAAAAACGGAAUGCUGGUGUUGAGCUCCAAAGACAUUCAGAAAUUAAAAGUUAAAGUGAAAAAGUGACCGUGGAUGAGCGACUGUUUCUGAAUCUUCAGACCACUUUCAAAAUGCAAGAUCGUUUUAAUAUGUAUGGAAUAUCACAUUUUGACUGGACCGUAAUUAAAAAAUGCCAUACUUCAACUCUGUCAUUUAUCUCUAGAACAUUUAUAAUGCCAUUACUUAUUA